AUGUCAUCUGGCUUUUACGACAGAAGAGAGGAGAUAUUCGGAGAGCCCAACUCAUUUAAAGGAAAGCAUUUUGGCGUUCCACAUCCUCUCUUCAUUUCGCCAACUCCUGGCUCCUCAUCUACACCUGCUAUUGAACCCAAAUCGGCUGUCGAGGAGCCUCCCACAUCAUUUCUUGAAAGAUUUGGAAACACAGUCAUCCAGCCAAAAGUGCUUCCUGUUCAAACUCUGAGCGAAUUCGAUUCUGAGGCUUACGUGUCGAAAGGAAAACUCAAGCUUGGAGAGGACAAAUACGCCGCAAACAAGUUCAAUCAAAUGGCCAGCGAUGCAAUAGCGGUAAACAGAGACGUCAUCGAUAGUAGAGAGCAUCAUUGUAAACAGCUAACGUACGACAUCGCAGCUAUGGAACCAACAUCCAUAAUUGUAACGUAUCACAAUGAGGCGCGGUCCACUCUGCUUCGCACAGUAUACAGUGCAAUGCUUCGCUCACCUCCGCAGCUAAUUCAUGAGAUUAUCCUUGUUGAUGACUUUUCAAAUGAUGGCUUGAUUCGUUCUCGCGUCAAGGGUGCCGCAUACGCAACUGCCCCUAUUUUAACAUUUCUGGACAGCCAUGUUGAAUGUAAUGUUGCGUGGUUGGAACCACUCCUCGGACGUAUCAGCGAAAAUCCAAAAGCCGUGGUUGCUCCAAUAAUCGAUGUUAUCAACAUGGAUAAUUUCAACUAUGUCGCUGCGAGUGCUGAUCUUCGAGGAGUUCCUGAGCGUGAUAAGGGUGAAUUAUUUCAUCUGAAGAAUGGAAUCAUGUGCCUCGACACUCUGGGGCGUAGAGCUGGUGAAGCGCCAGGUCUGUAUCAGUGUCAUGGAACUGGUGGUAACCAGGAGUGGUCUUAUGAGAGAGAUGAGGGCUAUUUACGUAGUACGACUUCAAGGCUUUGUAUCACCAUGGAGGACGUGAACGGCGAGCCUUUCGUGCUUUUGGAUGAUUGUAGCAGAGUAACUGGCAAUUACAAAGUCCAGUUAUACGAUCCAAAUACGAAGGGCUAUGGAGACUAUCCAAAUAUCGGAAUGCAUGUGGAAGUGAAAGAUCCCGAGGAUAAGGUUAUUCUGUCUAAGUUGUACACAUCAGAAGGGAAAUUCACAUUCACAUCUCACCUUCCGGGAGAGCAUGUGAUUUGCUUAUAUUCUAACAGUACUGCAUGGUUCAGUGGAGCUCAGCUCAGGGUACACCUUGAUAUCCAAGCAGGUGAACACGCCCAGGAUUACGAGCAGAUUGCAACGAAAGAUAAACUGAACGAAUUACAACUUCGCAUUCGUCAACUCCUAGACCAGGUUGACCAGAUCACAAAGGAACAGAAUUACCAACGAUACAGUGCUACGCAAUCUGGUACUAAAUACGAUUUGAAUGAAAAUCUGGAAGGAAAGACCUACAUUGUUACUGGAGCAACGUCAGGAAUAGGACAAGCAACCGUUGAAGAACUCGCUAAGCGCAAUGCCCGAGUCAUUAUGGCAUGUAGGUCAGUCGAGCAGAAUCUUGAAUUCGAUUCGACUACUAUAAUAAUCUGUUCAGGAAUCGUGAAAAAUGCGUCCAAGUGUGAACUAGACUUUGAAGAUUUGAAUGCUGCCAAUAGAAAGAAAUACGAUGGCUAUGAAGUGUACAAGCAAAGCAAACUCGCUGCUGCUAUAUACCAAUGUAUCAGUCACAGUCGCAGAUCCAGGAAGGACGAAAUCUCAUCUCUCUUCUCAGAUGGAUGGGCAAACAUUCUUCCUCAGUCGAUGGCUGCUCAAAAUAGUCAGCUCUUGUUCAGCUUUGGUAUGGGCGAACGGCGAGUGGAGAAAGCUGUACGGCCGGUGUUGUUUGCUUUAGCCGAUCCAGCCAUGGAAGGCGUAAAUGGAGUUUUUAUUGACCGGGAACGUAACGAACAACCGUGGUGUGAAGCUGUAGAAGACGUCGAGAAACGCCGUCGAUUGUGGAAUACUAGUGAAGUAUGGACGAAACUUAGUGAACGCAUGCAGCAGAUGCGGACUGAACUAGGAGACGCUGCCGCCUCAUUAGACAAGUCAAUAGACGUAAAAGAGGCAAGCUCGACGGGACGAAGUUGUUUAUUAUUGUUAAUAAAGAUCAAGAUCAAAGCUUCAGUGCUAAUUCCAUGUAAAAUCUCAUAG